AUGGGUUAUGAAGGUAAUGAUUUAAGGGAAUUUGUUGAAAAGGAAAGACUUGUUCAAGAAAGGGCAUUAGAAAGGGAAAUGGAGAGAGAAGAAAAGGCAAAGGAAAUGGAGAGAGAAGAAAGGGCAGUAGAAAGGGAAAUGCGAAAGCAACAAUUAGAAGUCAAACGAUUAAAGUUACAGAUGCAGGGGAAUAAAAAGAAAAAGGAUACUGAUUUGUGUAAACCUUCGUUACCUAAACUGCCUAUUUUUAAUGAUGUUACUGAUAGUAUUGACGCCUAUAUUUUAAGAUUUGAACGUUUAGCCGUUAGUGCUGGCUGGAGCAAAGACAUUUGGGCUGUUAGUUUAGCGCCAUUAUUACAAGGGAAAGCUUUGGAAACUUAUGAGCACCUUUCACCUGUUGAGGCUAAAGAUUUUGAUUGUGUUAAAGAGGCAUUAUUGCGUUGUUUUAAGUGCACUUCGGAAGGAUAUAGGUUGAGAUUUCGUAACUGUAAAUUCUUUAAGAACGAGACCGCUCAGCAAUUUGGGAAUAGAUUGAAAAAUAACCUUAAGAGGUGGGUGGAAUUAGCUGAUUGUGAAGAAACAUUUGAUGACUUGUUUGAUUUAAUUUUAGUAGAACAAUUUCUAAAUGCUUGUGACAGAAAUAUGGUUAUAUUUUUGAAGGAGCAUGAAAUGAAAACUUUUGAUCAAGUUGUAAAGUAUGCCGAGAUGUAUAUGGAGGCCCAUAUAAAUUAUGGCAAGAAGGGUUUCAGUGAUAGUCAUGAAAAGCAGGGUGUCUCUGAGAGUGAAGUUAUGACUGGGGAUAGUAAAGGGAAAACGGGUGUCGAUAGUGAUAGGAAAGUUACGGCACGAAAUUGUUACGUAUGUGGUCGUGGUAAUCACCUUGCUAAGGAUUGUUUCGAAAGGUUUGGGGGUCCAAAACGUAAAGGGGUGAGUAAGGGUGCGACCGAGAAAGCAGCUGUUGUUGGUCAUGGGGGUAAGUUAAUGGUGGAUAAAGGUACCGUGGAAGGAGUGGAGGUUAAUGUAUUUCGUGAUCCCGGUUGUACCAUGGUGUUAGUUAAAGAGACUUUCGUGCCGAAACUUAAGUUUACUGGUAAGCAUGUGGGCCUUAAAAUGGCUAAUAACCAAGUUUUUAGAUAUCCUGAGGCUAUUGUUGAUGUUGUCUCGCCAUAUUUUACAGGCGAAACCUUAGCUGUCUGCAUGCCUGAUCCUAUUUAG